CCGGUGCGAGCGUGUUUUUUGAGAAUCGUUUCCGUUUCACUUAAGUUUUCGGCAAAAUUACGGUUUUUUAACUCAGCAUACGCUUCGUAGUGACUUACCGCGAAUUAUUCCAUCGGUAUCAGUGAUUUUGUGACCUCAGUGGAAGUGCAGUGUUGUGUUAAAUCACCGAGAAUGGAAGCGGAUAAAAGCGUGGAGGUUGUUCGGGUUCGGAACGCGCAAACCCAACACGGCCACUACAGUUCGGUCGACGAGGAGAACAUCGUGGUGCUGCAACGGUGCUUUACGCCUCCUGCGCCGGAUGAGGAUGCUGAGCUGGAAGUGGUUUGGUUCGAGGAAUUCGUUCCAUCGAGUUCGGAAGAGGUGAGCGGAAGCCUCUCCAGUGGCGGUUCUCCAAUGGACGGACAUAAGACAAAACUGUCCCAUGCUGACGUCUGCCAUUGUGCCGUUAGCGAGCACACGGCUCGGGGUUUCUCGGCAAAACGGGCCUAA